GUAUCAAGGGUGACAUUUAGAACAGGACGAAAAAGAAGGCAUGUGUUUGCAUAUGUCGUGCGACACCGUGUCCUUCUAGUUUAUUUUUUAGUGUUUUAUGUAUAUUUAAGUGUGUAUAUUAAGGAGUACGAUGGCGGCGUUGAGCUGCCGGUUUCUUCUUCGGCGGGGAACUCGACUCAUUUCUCCCCGUGCAGCAACUGAAAGUCCUGUCCAGCUGGUGGGUUGUGUCAGGACAGUAAAGACCACAACGUUUUUCGAAGAACACCUCACUGAGGACAACCAGGAGUACAUGAGGAAGAGCAUGGCAGAAGAAUACAAAAGACAGACGGCUGAAAAGCUCAACCCACUCAAAGAUGAGCCGUGGCAACGACAUGAGUGGACAGAGGGGAGUCGAAGAGUUGGUUUAGUCGCUGUCAAGCUGGGAAUGGCGCCUAUGUGGACGAAAGCAGGAGAAAUGCGUGGCGUCACCAUGUUACAGGUGCAGGACUGCCACGUACUAAAGUGCAUGUCCAAAGAAGAGUACGAUGGACGCACAGCUGCUCUUGUUGUAGGCGGAAAAAACGUAUCACCGUUCUAUAGGUCCGAAGGGCAAAUGGAAAUGUUCAGGAAUGCAGGAGUGCCUCCAAAGCAGAAACUCACCCACUUUAGAGUCACAGACAAUGCCAUCAUCAAGCCAGGCACUCCUCUAUACGCAGCACAUUUCCGUCCAGGACAGUACGUGGACAUCACGGCCAAAUCCAUCGGUAAGGGUUUUCAAGGAGUCAUGAAGCGAUGGGGGUUCAAAGGUCAGCCUGCCAGCCACGGCCAGACCAAAACUCAUCGCAGACCAGGAGCUUCUGGACCUGGAGGGGAUCCAGGCAAAGUCUUCAAAGGGAAGAAGAUGCCCGGCCAAAUGGGCAACAGCUACGUCACAGCUUUCGGACUGAAGAUAUGGAGGAUCAACACCAAGUUGAAUGUGCUGUAUGUUAAUGGCUCUGUCCCCGGCCACAGGAACUGCGUGCUGAAGAUAAGAGACACUAUUCUACCAACCAGGAGGUCCACCCUGCUCAACCCUCCUUUCCCCACUUAUUUCACCGAAGAAGACGGCGACCUGGCCGAAGACCUGUACGACGAUGACGUGUUCAUUCACACAGAGCCAUCGUUAACGCUGACCUGAACCCCAAAACGCAUUCACACGUAAUCGCUUCCACCUAAACCUGCUAACUGUGUCUGGAUCCUGUAAUAAAGUGUAAUUCCUGACACGG